GAUGCGCAGGAAAAUUACGUCAGAAAAACAUCAAUUACUAAGUUAUUAUUGCAAAUUUAAAAAAAAAGAAGAAUAUAUUCAUUAUCUGUAAAUCAAAACACAUAUUAUAUCAAAAAUUGUCAAAACCAUCGGAGUUUCCCUUUAACUCUAGGAAGAGCUUUCAGUGAAGAAGACAUUUCAGAAUGCAUCCAGAUUUAUCACCUCAUCUACAUACUCCUGAGUGUAAUGAGUUAAUUGCUGCCUUAAAAAACUGCCAUGCAGAUAAUCCCUAUAAAAAAUUUAUGGGUGUUUGCAAUGACUUUGAUAGAGCAGUGACAAAAUGUUUGAAUGAUGAGCGAGAAUUGAAGAGACAAUUGAACAGAGAAAAAUCAGCUGCCAGAAGAUUAAAAGAAGUGUCAGCAUCAUGAAUAAUUUUUGAAUUAUUAAUUUGUUUGCCUCUGAUGUUGAAUGUUUGAUUAAUUCAGGAUAUGAACUUAUUGAAUGAUAUGUGUAGGUAGAAGGCAUUAUUUAUUUAAGUCAUUUUGUAAUCAUCAUUGUGAUCAAACUCCAUCGUCUCCAGUAGUUCACAAUGCAUGUGUGAAUUUUGUAAUAAACUGAAUUUGUUUUUUUAAUGUG